AUGCAGCCCACCGUCACAGAAACCGCCGCCCAGGCAGUUCAAGCCAGAAACCGCAUCAAAGGGCACAUCUACCAAACACCAGUGAUCCCAUCCCGGAAGAACAAUGACAGCAACGGUACGCGUCUUUUCUUCAAGGCGGAGAAUUUUCAGCUCACUGGGUCCUUCAAACUCAGGGGCGCAAUGUCCAAAAUGUCCGCGCAGAGCUCCAAUAAUGCUGAGCGACUGAUAACAGCAUCUUCCGGCAACCAUGGCAUAGGCGCCGCUUUCGCCGCUCAUGCUCUCUCUCGAAAUCUUACUGUUGUGCUUCCAGAGACGGUUGUUCCGGCAAAACUGAAAAAGAUUGAGUCGUAUGGCGUGGAUGUCAUUCUCCAUGGUGCUGAGACGGGUCUUGCGGAACAACAUGCCCAGAAGCUCGCUGCGUCGGGAGAAUACAGCUACAUUUCACCUUACAAUGACCCAGACAUAGUAGCCGGCCAGGGGACCAUUGGACUUGAGAUUCUCGAGCAAUGCCCGCAAGUGGACAACAUUUUCAUUUCCAUGGGCGGCGGGGGCCUCGUCAGUGGCAUUGGAUCUGUGUGCAAGGCCUUCAACCCGAAAACAAGGAUAUUCGGCGUGUCUGCAAUCAAUUCCAUGGCUCUUGCCGAGUCAAUGAGAGCAGGAAAGGUGGUGGAAACGGAACACCUGGAUACCUUGGCUGAGGCUGUUGCGGGCGGCAUGGACGAAGAUUCAAUCACUCUUCCGCUGGCUACAUCAGUGGUGGAUGAGGUCAUCGAAUGCAGCGAAGAUGACAUUAUCCAAGCACUGAAGACUAUUGCAUUUGACGAGAAUAUGAUUGUUGAAGGCUCUGCAGCGCUCGCUCUUGCGGGAUAUAGCAAAGUCGCUGACCGGGUCGCUGGUCAAACCAGCGUUAUCGUCUUGUGUGGUGCCAAUUUUGACCAACAACGCCUUAUCCGUAUAAUAUUUGGAUAA